AGAUCCGAACGCAGCUGGUGGAGCAGUUCAAAUGCCUGGAGCAGCAGUCGGAGUCGCGCCUGCAGCUGCUGCAGGACCUGCAGGAGUUCUUCCGCAGGAAGGCUGAGAUCGAGCUGGAGUACUCCAGGAGCCUGGAGAAGCUGGCCGAGAGGUUCUCCUCCAAGAUACGCAGCUCCAGAGAGCACCAGUUCAAGAAAGAUCAGCACCUGCUUUCCCCUGUGAACUGCUGGUACCUGGUUCUGACGCAGACGCGGCGCGAGAGCAGAGACCACGCCACCCUGAAUGACAUCUUCAUGAACAAUGUCAUCGUCCGGCUGGCUCAGAUCAGUGAGGAUGUCAUCAGGCUCUUUAAAAAGAGCAAGGAGAUUGGCCUGCAGAUGCACGAAGAGCUCCUGAAAGUCACCAAUGAGCUUUACACGGUGAUGAAGACCUACCACAUGUAUCACGCAGAAAGCAUCAGCGCUGAGAGCAAGCUGAAGGAGGCAGAGAAGCAGGAGGAGAAGCAGUUCAACAAGUCAGGGGACAUCAGCGUGAACCUGCUGCGGCACGAGGACAGGCCCCAGCGGCGGAGCUCCGUCAAGAAGAUCGAGAAGAUGAAGGAGAAGAGACAAGCCAAAUACUCAGAGAACAAGCUGAAGUGUACUAAAGCCAGUUUGAACCUGGCAGCCACCAACGCCGCCGUCAGCAAAUACUACAUCCACGACGUCUCUGACCUCAUUGAU